AUGAUGAGGCGGUUCAUGUUCUUCUCCGUCGCCGUCGUGCUAUGCCUUCUCGCGACGCUGCCCGUGAAAUCGGCCGAACCGUUACAGCAAGGGCUGGAUAAGCUUACAGCGGGUCUGAAGACCAACAAGUAUUACAGGGGAUUUCAGGCGAAGCUGAAGCAGCUGCAAAUGAACCGGAUUUGGACCGAAACUAAGAACUACGUGACGAAGCAAUCCGCCGACAAGAUGGCCAAUUACACCAAGAUGCGAACCGCAAUCAUGUGUGUCAUGAGGGGAAGGGACUCCCAGGGUAACCAGAUUGGGCAAGAUCGGGCGUUUGGAUUUUUCUAUAUCCUCCUUUUUAAGAGAGACGACGGCGAUUUCGACGGCUACUACGGGGGCUUUGUCAAGCUCAAGGACCCUGAAAAACCCAUAGCAGCAGCUAUCAGCACGGGCUACGAAGGCGAAGACGGGUCCACAGUGAUCGAUUUCGGAGCCGAAGUCACCUGGGGAAACGCGUCCCGAUCCAGCAGCCUCGGGCUCAUCUCAUGGUUCCCAAAAUCCUCCGCUCCGCUCGGCUAUAACUACUACUUCCGGGGGUCAUGGAUCGGAAUGAGCGCGCUUACUGCUGCUGACGGAUCUGUUCUUUCCGAUGCGAUACUGGCCAUUGGGAAGAAGACUCAGGCGCAUUAUGGCGCCGUGGCAAAUUCCAAUUACCCCAGCGGGGCCGUUCGUGGCCAAUGCGGGGUCGACACGUCAGGAAUCAACUUUUAA